AUGUCUGUUGUACUCAGAAGCUCAGACAAAUGUCCGAGGUGUCAGCAGAAUGUUUAUUUUGCUGAAGAAGUGAGAGCUCUGGGCAAAAAGUUUCAUAAACAGUGUUUGAAAUGCUUGGAGUGCAGGAAGUUGCUAGACAGCACCAAUUGCAAUGAGCAUGAAGACAACAUCUACUGUAACUCCUGUUACAGGAGGAACUUUGGGCCACUCAGCCCAUCCAUGGCAUCAUCGCCGGAUUAUGGACAGCCCCUUGAUAUCACUUGUGCUCCUCGUGGCUCUGAUGUCUGCCCGCGGUGUGGGAAGGUUGUCUAUAUGGCAGAGCGGUGUACUGGUGGUGCUAAGUAUUUUCACAAGUUAUGUUUUCGCUGUAACGCAUGUGGUGUGGGCUUGGAUUCUAACCGCUUGGCUGUAAGAGAAGAGGAGAUCUAUUGUAGAGCAUGCUAUGGGAAGAACUUUGGACCAAAGGGAUACGGAUAUGCUGGUGGUGCUUCUGGAUUGUCAAUGGAUACAGGAAAGCCUGAUGAUAUUCCAACGAGUAACAUCCCAGCCAUUGCUCAGGCCCACACUUCUCCACUGAUGGACGAUGGCCAGGAGCUGCCCGAAGGAGAUUGGACUGAUGUUAGGGACAGGUGCAGCCGCUGUAAGAAAGUUGUGUAUUUCGCCGAGAAGGUGACAGGAGUUGGCAAGGUGUUCCACAAGACUUGCUUCAAGUGCAACAACUGCAAGAAAGGAUUGGACUCCACCACCAUGACGGAGCAUGGUGGAGAGCUUUACUGCAAAUCAUGCUACAGUAAAAACUUUGGCCCUAAAGGCUUUGGAUUUGGUACCUCAAUGGUUACAGAGCAAGCCUAA